AUGAGCUACUGUUUAGCUGAAAUCUGGAUGAGAUCCUCAAAUUUUGAGACGAUGCUAAGAUCGAUAACGAGAGUCCAGAGGAGAUUCACAUCCAAUGUCACGUUCUUCACUAAGUACAACUGCAUGUUAUGCACAAAUGCAUCCAAGAUACUAAAAAGCGCUACUGAAGAAGUUCCAACCAAAAUUGAGUUCAUUGAUAUUAUGGAUCCAAAAAAUUCAGAAUGGUUCGAUAAAUAUUGUUACGACGUGCCGGUUUUACACAUAAGUUCUGAAGAAACACCUGGAAAUAAGUGUGUAGAAGGUCUUAAGGAUGGAAGAAGAGGAAUAGUUGCUUAUAAUGAGGGAAAUAUCAAGUUCAUGCAUUAUUUUUACAAGGACAAAAUCAUAAAUGCUUUGUCGUUCACCAGAGACAAGCAACCGACGAACCAAACAUGA